UUAGUCUUACUGGAGGCUACAUACACGUAUUUGUCCGCUCGGACCGCAGGCGGGAAGCGAACAUCACUGAGAUGCUUGAGGUUGCGGUGGAUGUAGCAUAGACUAUUUAGACACAAACACUACAAAAUUAUCUACCCGCAUCCAGUUCUCAGGUUGACCCCAACUUGAUCAUCACUGAUUUACCACAAUGACAUCUUUCCAGGAUAAGCUGGUUGUGAUUACCGGCGCAGCCUCCGGCAUCGGCCGUGAAACCUCCAAGCUUCUCGCCAGCCGCGGUGCGCUUCUCUCCCUCUCAGACAUCAGCGAGGAUGGCCUGCGCACCUUGAAAGCCGAGAUCGAGGAGAUUCCGGGGAUCGCCAAUACUGCGCCAUUCACGUCCGUGGUCGAUGUCCGUUCACAGGAUGCAUGCCGCGACUGGAUUACCGCCACGGUCGCCCACUUUGGCGGGCGGCCGAUCGACGGAGCGGCGAACCUCGCGGGCGUCGUGACCCUGCCCAAGGCGGGAGCAACCGACAGUCGAGAUGCCAGUGACGCCGAGAUCGACUUCAUCUUCGAUAUCAACGUCAAAGGCAUCAUCAACUCGCUGCGCGCGGAGCUACCACAUAUGCGCGAGGGCAGCCCGGGCGUCAAUGGUAGCGCGAUCGUCAACGCUGGCAGUCUCUCUGGUCUGAUGGGCUUGGGUGGCUACAUGCCAUACGUAGCCAGCAAGCACGCAGUCAUCGGGAUAACGCGCACAGUGGCGAAGGAGGAGGGCCUCAGGGGGAUCCGAGUCAAUGCCAUCGCACCCGGCUUGAUCGACACACCCAUGUUGCACGCAGUUGCAGAGUCCAUAGGAGUGAAGGCAGGUGCAGAUAUGUAUGGUAGAGGUCCGACGGCGGCACUCGGCCGCCUGGGAACAUCGCUAGAAGUAGCUGAGACGAUAGCAUUUCUUCUAAGCCCGGGAAGUGGAUUUAUUACCGGCGCUCCGAUUACAAUUGACGGAGGCAUGUCUUGUGCUGGUUAGUCUAAGUGGUAUUACAGUACUGUUAGUCUCAUUCAGAAAAGUAGAAAAGAAAGAAGAAAGAAGUUCCUAUAAGCUUGCCACCACACAUCCCAAUACCUAUUGU